CCAGCUUCUUCUUCUUCUUCUUCUUCCUCAGGAUUCCCCCCUGAAACCCUAACGGAAACUCCGAUUCGCAGAAGACGCGGGGGGCCCCAGCAAUGUCGGUGGACGCCUCCCCUGCCGAUCGAUUCAAGCAGUUCCAACCGGCCAGCCCCGCGAGCAACGGCAACGGCAACGGCAACGGCAACGGCGUCCUCCUCGGGGCCUCCCCGGCGUCGGCCAGAGCGGCCCACCGGCUCCGCCUGAACCCCACCGCCGAUCACGAGCCGGACAGCUACGAGGACCUGCAGAGCCAGCUCGAUUUCAGCCCCAUGCUCUUCAGCUCCCUGGAGCGCUACUUGCCUCCUACGCUCCUGUCCCUCUCCCGCGACGCCAAGGUCGACUACAUGCGCGACAUCCUCCUCCGGUACUCCCCCGAGGGCGAACGCACGCGUGUUCUAAGGCAUCGAGAAUACAGGCAGAAGAUUCUAGCUAACUAUAAGCCUCUGCACAGAGAGCUUUACACCAUGCACGCUGCAAGUUUCUUUGUGCCCUCGUUUCUGAGAGCGUUGAAGGAAAACACAGAAGAGAGUUUUAGAAGUAUAAUUACUGAACCCUCACCGGGGAUAUAUGUAUUUGAGAUGCUUCAGUCACGGGCCCGUGCAAUGUUAUUGUCCGAGGUAGAGAACUUUGAAAGAUGGGUCCAUGACACAAAUUUCAGGAUCAUGCGACCAAAUACGAUGAACAAAUAUGGAGUUGUCCUUGACGACUUUGGUUUGGAGAACAUGCUUGCCAGAAUGAUGGAUGAAUUUGUUCGUCCCAUAGCUAGAGUUUUCUAUCCAGAAGUUGGCGGGGCAACCCUGGAUUCUCAUCAUGGUUUUGUUGUUGAAUAUGGAAUGGAUAGGGAUGUUGAACUAGGUUUCCAUGUAGAUGACUCUGAAGUCACUUUAAAUGUUUGUUUGGGUGAGCAAUUUUUGGGUGGAGAAUUGUUCUUUCGUGGCGUUCGAUGUGAUAAGCAUGUAAACUCAGAGACACAGCCAGAGGAAAGCUUUGACUAUGACCAUUUGCCUGGUCAUGCAGUUCUGCAUCGUGGUCGCCAUCGUCAUGGUGCUAGGGCCACAACAUCUGGACAUCGGGCCAACUUAAUUAUGUGGUGCAGAAGCAGUUCUGUCUUUCGAGAGCUGAGGAAAUAUCAGACAGAUUUCUCUAGCUGGUGUGGGGAGUGCCUACGCACCAAGAGAGCAAGGCAUCAAUCGUCACUCGCCAGCACCAAAUUGGAGUUGAUGAAGAGGGAAAGAAGAGCAUCUUGAGUUAUUAUGCACGCCACCCCCUUGUUAUGAACUUGUAAAUCACCUUUCGUAUUUGUGAAUCCAAAGGAGCGUCAUCCAUGAUAUAGCAAUCAAUCUCCACCAUCGCUUCCCCUCUGCUGAUUUUGGAGUGCUCGGUAGCUGUGCAUAAAAAAAGCAGUCCAGGUUAAGUGCAUGAGGUGCUUCAAAUUUAUUUUUUGACGUGUUGCUUGUUCUAGUGGAGGACGUUCCUUGUUUCGCCGUGACAGUAGUUCUUCGUGCCAAUUGACUUGUGAUGUUAGAUUCCAAAGAUAUUGGUUGUACGAUCUUUUUUUCGGUGAAUAUAAGAGGCUAGCACAAAGGGUAGCCUUAAGAUAUCUAACUCGAAGGCGGGUUAGAGAGAAA